AUGCCUCGUCCCAAAGUUCGUGCGGAAGAUCGUAGACGCGCUGUGAUAGCCUGCGUGCCCUGCCAAAAUAGCAAGAAGAGAUGUGACUCUCAAUCUCCAUGCGCUAAUUGCCGGCGGCGAGACUACGUCCCCUAUUGCAUCUACGAUCCUGAGGCAGCUCGCCCGCGUCGCAUGAGCAGCAAAGCACAACGUCGAGCCAUGGGAAGACAGAGUGGCACCACCUCCGAGAGCAGUGAUCGCUGCUCCAGCCUAGACUUUAUUGUUUGUUCCGACGUGGCAUCAUCCGCGAAUGAGAGCGAUACACACGAGCAGGUGCAGGCACCUCAAACUCCAGAGUCCACCGCGGGACAACAGUCGAACGAGACCCCCGAUACGGCAUUCUCAUCUUGCAUGUCAAACAUUGGCAGCCAUGAGCAUAAUCCAGAAAGCGAGAACAUAUCAAUGGGCGAUUCUGCGUCACUCUCUUUUCUCGACUUCUUACGUCACACGUUCCUCUGUUAUAUGGGGCCAUCCCCGUUCACUGAUAAAGACCGGGCCAAGGCUAUGCUCGAGUCGGCGUAUCCUCAAGCCUCACACGACAUCACCGAGGACAGUCCAGACAGCCAGCUUACCUUGGAAGAGAAGCGAGACUAUAUCCAGAGAUUCUUGGUAGCGACCACCGGCAUAAUAUAUAUUUACUCCCCCCAGCAAAUGUUAGAGCUACUCGAAGAGACGGAAGAAAGCAGGGGACACUCAGACGCCAAUAGUGCGUCUCAACCUUAUCAUAAAGGCGCCAUCAUCGAUUUGGCCAUAGCUAUCGGCGGACAAGGUUGUAGAACGAGCCCUAAGAGUCUAUAUCAUGCGCAAAAGCAUUUCGAUCGCGGACAAAAGUUGGCUUUUGAGGGUAUGCUCUUAGACCCGACCGGUGAUCUAGUAGCUAUCUUUCUGCUGAUGAGUAUCUACAUGUUGAAUGCAUGUAAGAGAGACGGGGCUUUUAUAUAUCUUGGUGUUGCGACUCGAGUUGCCCAUGCGAUCGGUCUACAUUUACCCGAGUCUUAUCGCAAUCUAAGGCCAGAAACGCAUAGAUUCAGGCUUCAGGUAUGGAAAAGCCUGCGGAUAUUAGACAUUGCAUUCGGCGCAGUCCUCGCCCAAACACCGGCCUCAUCCCCAAGAAGGGGAAUAAGUAAUCCAUCCUUCUCAGUCCCAGAUGGCCCAGAACCGUGCACGCCAGAAUUCACAUCCAUGUCAGCGUGUUACGGGGUCUGCACUAUACUCGAACAGAUCACAUAUCACCUCAACAACAAACAGGACACGAAUUUGACAUCAAUAAAAGAACUUCUGAGACAACUUCGUGAUUGGAGCUCAGCACUGCCAUCGAGCAUGACAAACUGCACAGUCAGCUCUCCGAUUUCUCCCAAGCAGUGGCGCCAGACGUUGGGCAACUUUGCUGUCUCAGCCUUCUAUUACUAUGCUGUUAUGUUGGCUACUAGACCAAUUCUGAUAUCAUAUAUGCUCGUGAAACUGAAACGCUUAGACCCGUCAGAUGCUUCAUCUGGGCCAUAUCAUACAAGUGAUCGGGAGACAAAGGAGUUGGCCCAGGUCUGCAUUGAUGCGGCUGUUUUACUCGUGGAGACAACGCGUAGAACACAAUCUGCGGGCCUGCUCAUACAGAACAUGACAUUACUCAAAGCUUGGAUAUUUAGCGCCUGUCUCAUUAUGGCCUUUUCCCUUUUCGUAGAGGCCACGCUAUCAGAAAAGUCUACAACGUUUGAGAUAGAGGCAGCUCUACAUAGCGGAAUUGGCAUCAUUCGGGACCUGGAUCGAACAAGUCCUCAAGCCCAUCGCUAUCUAGAUGUCUUGACAGAGCUUCGCAAUGCGCUGCAGAGUUACCGCGAGCGUCUGGUUCCACCCCAGAGAAAGAGUAACGGGCAGUUUCUCAGCCAGAUCUUUGUUCUGGAUCAAGAAAAGAGUGCUCCAGCAGAUAUGGACACUGAUAUGACAACGUUAGCGUCCUCAGUCGUGCCCCCUGAGCUGGGCGAUGAAUCGUCCGGAGGGCUCUUGAUGUUGCAACAGGUAACAGAAGCGACGCAGAAUAUGAGCAGUAUGUGGCGUAUACCAGAUGAAAGCCAAGCAUUUGUUGAUGAAUGUCUGCCCAUGGCCUUGGGAGGAUCUGAUAUACACUGGGAUGGGAUAUCGGUCCAGGGAACAGACAAUUUCCUGUUCGAUACAGAGCCGUUCACAGAUAUGCUAAGCCAUUUCUAG